AUGAAAGAUAGAGCAAGGGAGUUGCUUUCAUCACAAUUACCUGAUACUGGAGGCGUUUCUUUGACGAUGGCUCCUACUCUGUCUUUGAACAAGCAUGCUUUGGUUGGCUGGUGUCUCUUGUUGGGUGCAAUCCUGAGUCUCGGUAGUUGUCAAUUGCAAGCGGACGCUUUUCCCGUUGGGAUUCCCUUUCUCGGGUUCAGCCGUCGCACUACUGGUAGUAGCGACGUACAUGUACACGAGCUAUCCAUGAACAACCUUAACGACAAUACCGGCACCAACAACAGCCCAUGGCCACAACAACCACCGCUUCAUGCUUCUCCCGAGUUUCAAGCCGACAUGCACGAGCGACUGUGGGCAAAAUCUUCUUAA